UUUAGUUUCGAUUAUCAGUGAUGGCACCUCGAGCUACAGCCGGAGACGAGAUUGUGGUAGUAACUGGUGCCGCGGGAUUUUUAGGCACUAAGGUGGUGGAGCUACUAAAUACAAAGGGUCAGAAUAUAGUGGAGAUAAGAGGAUUUGAUAUCUGCCCUCAAAAGCCACCUUGCUUUCUUCAGAGUUAUGAUCCGUGUGGCAAAGUCAUGCUUAGAUACAGCCAAGGGGAUGUUCGCAAUUAUGAAGAGGUAGGUUACAAAACUAGUUUGUAGUUGUGUGUGUGCAAAUUGUAUUGAAUGCAUAUAUACCUGCCAACUCUUUUUGAGAUAUAAGCGUGAGAUUUUUAUCCUGGGAGUGCUGGGAUUUUUGGAGACGACACGAUCAUUUCCGAAGUCUUCCGAAGACGUCCGAAGUCUGCCGAAGGCGAAGUUAUCGAGAAAACGCUUAUCCACAAAAUCAGAGAUCGCGAGGAAGGUAUUGACAUUUACUCAUUUUACACAUGGUUUUCGUUCCUUACAUGGGUCUGAGUUAACAUAUUUUUGGAAAUUGUGUCAAGCAAGACGGCAACAACUCACAUUUUUCAAUCAGGCGUGAGAAAUUGGCCCACAAGCGUGAGCCGGCGUGAGAUCGAAGUUUUCAACCUGCAGGCGUGAGACUCACGCCUAAGGCGUGAGAGUUGGCAGGUAUAUGCAUACAGUGCUACUUUUUUGUUGAUCAUUUUCUCGAUGACUGAGACCAACUCCUCUGGCUGCGGAGAUUAGGUUGUGGGGAGGGGGGCCAUGGGGCAUUUAACAGCCACAACCCCCUACGGAAGAGGUUAGUUGACUGUACCCUUAAAGAAAAAAAAAGGAUGAAAAGUUCCGUGACAUUCCCCCGCCUCAAAAAUAGCCCAAUUUUUCUCAUACCCCUCAGAAAUAUUGCAAACAUCAAAGGUGCCGACACAGCCACAACCCUCCAAGAAUGUUCUCCCAAGGGGGAUGGAUAGAGACCUUUCCGAAAGGGACACCUAAUGUCAGUCCCUGCCGCUUUGACCCUAUGAGGAGGACACUUCUAUAAAUAUUACAAGCUUUGAGCAUUGUUUGAUCCCAAAAAUGUCUGUCCUUGCUUGGAGCUCGAGAGAGUGUACUUCAGUUGCUAUCUUUUAUGGUGAUUUUAUCACAGUUGUAUGAAACUUCAAUUUAUGCAUAACAAAUUGAAGUUUUAAUUGACCUGGGUUAUCACCCAACAAUAAAUUUUUGGAUUUUGUAGAAAAAAAAAUAGUUGGUACCACACUUGUCGACCAGUCAUUGCCAACCUUCAUGCUCUUUUUAAGGCUUCUGGUCCAAAAAGACACCCUGUCCAGAUAGUGAAAUUGUAUACCCUGUUUAGGACUCAAGACCCUGAAAAGCAUACCCUAUUCAGUGGCACAUGCCCAUAUAGGCCAACUUACUAAGAGGCCCUGCCAGGGUAAAUUCCGACAAGCGACAUGGCCCAAAGAGUAGUGACAGCGCGUAAAAUGAAAUCGCGACAAGAGACAGCCUCCCUCGGCCAAAUUGCGACAGUGAUGGCAAAGCCGACGAUAAGCAACAAGCAUUAAUUUUAUAAACACUGACACAAGACGUUUUAAACUUCAGACGGGCGACAUGGUACCCCCCCCCGGCAGGGCCUCUACUAAGGAAAUGCACCUCACUGGGAAGUUUUGUUCUUAUCAGCAAUGAUUUUGAAGCUUUUUUUUAGUUGAAGUAUUUUAUUUAUUUAUUUUCCAUUCAUCCCCUUCUUGGUAUGAGAGCUUUGAGGGAGAUUGAAGGGAAUGAUUGUAAGUAGAAGCAGAACUAGGACUAGAGGUUUCAAUAAAAGCCGGUUAGCGGCAGUUUCCCACCGCUUGUAAUGUCUGUUCAGUUUAUUGUAUUUGAAAGAUCUAAGAUUUCUAGAAAUAAAUAAGUAAAAUGAAGACAGAAAGAGAGAGAGAGAGAGAGAAAGAAAGAAAUGAACAACAAUGAAGAAAUACAUAGAAUUAAUGACUAUAUUUUCUAGUUAUCCUAGAAUAAGUCAGAAUACUUACACAGGUGACUACAUGUAGGUUAAAUGUACACGUACUUUUAGUCACCAGCGUCAGUAUUGUGAUGGCUAUAACAACUAGAAAUCGAAAAGGUUGUUACUGCCGCCUAUUUUACCAUUGGCAACUGCUUAUUAAAAAACUUAUUGAAACCCCUGAAUGACCAAUGAUGUGAAAUUACUCUUUCUCCGUUUUUAGGUCAAAGCCGUCUGCAAAGGCGCAACUGUUGUUAUUCAUACAGUGGCCUUAAUAGAAGUCAGUCCCACCUCGGAGACAGCAAUGUGGGCUGUUAACGUGAAAGGCACUGAGAACAUAAUCAAGGCCUGUAUAGAAUGCAAUGUUGCUAAACUGGUCUACUCAAGUACUGCAGAUGUUCUAUUGGGUUGGUCAGAAAACUGCAAUUUAAACGAAUCAACACCAGCACCUGGUGAUAAAGUCUCUGAUUACCUUUUCGGCCAAUAUGCAUUCACCAAGAUGCAAGCGGAGAAAAGAGUCCUGAGUGCAAACGGAAGUAAGCUUGCUAACGAUGGCAGGCUUGUAACAUGUUCAUUACGGAUGCUUGUAAUGUAUGGAGAGAGAGAUACAGUUUUUAUUCCCAAUGUAAUUAAUUCUGCAAAGAGUCAGUUAGGUUAUUUACCAAGAAUGGGGAAUAGAGAUGCCAUUUUUAACCCAUGUUAUGUUGGUAAUGCAGCCUGGGCCCAUGUGCUUGCAAUAGAGGUAAUGCAUUCAAAACCAAAUGUGAUUGCUGGCAAGGCAUUCUGCAUUGGAGACCACACCCCCAACAAGAACUUUUUUGACUUUUUAGAACCUUACCUAGCAGCUACCGGCUGCACUCUUUUGAAUAUUUCCAUUCCCUACUCCAUCAUCGUCUUCUUUGCAUUUAUUUUGGAAUUGGUAGUAUGGAUUUUACGGCCAUUUGGAAAGAUUUCUGUUCCGUUUACAAGAUCCUCUAUUUAUUGUGUGUGCAAGGGCAUGACAAUCAGUUGGAACAAAGCUAAAAAAGAACUUGGUUAUGCACCAAUUUAUUCAUAUGAAGAAUCUAAAAACAACACAGUCCAAUACCUUGUAAAAAAAUUUGUUGCUUGA